AUGUGCAAUGCCGACGAGGGAGGGAGCAUAGAGGACUUGCCUGUCUUGCUAGGGCGGUAUGCUGGCGACGUCGAGAAAGGAAAGACGGAAUGGGAGGAGCCAUCGAGCAGAGAAGCCGCAGACUCCCGAAGGGAGUUCCUGCCAGCUCGGGUCUCUUCGCACGCGUCACAGUCCGCAGAGUGCAGCGAGCGCCUCGUUUUGCUCCUGGGCGCUGCUUUUGCACUUGCCCAGGGCGUUACGGCACCUGCGAUUGCGCUUUUCACUGGGGAAAGCAUCGCAACCUUGACCGCUGCGAACCCAACGAAGGAGCAAAUUCUGGUAGCCAUGGCGCCCGCUCUCCUGCAUGUCGGGGUGCUGGCGGUCAUCCAGUUCUGCUUCGCAUUCGGUUGGCAAACCUGUCUCGCCUGGGCUGCUGCCAAACAGGCACAUCGCUGGCACCGUUGUUUCUUGGAGGCGUUCCUGUCCCAAGACAUAUCUUGGUACGACGAGAACGAGCCGGCAGGAAUGGCAAGCAAGCUUGAGGCGGAUGUUGCGAAUGUCUACGUGUUCAUGUGCACCGCCCUCGGUUACCUGAUUGCAAGCCUUGGGCAGACGAUGGCUGGCUUGUCUUUGGCCUUGUAUACCGGCUGGCAGUUGUCCCUGGUAGUCUGCGCAACCAUCCCGAUCCUGGCGUGUGCUGGCCACCGCAUGGGCCGAGAGAUUGAGCAGCAGACAUCCAAGCAGGUGGCAGACUUUGCUCGAGCGUCUGCCGUGGCGGAAGAGUCGCUGAUGGCGAUCCGCACCGUGGCAGCUUUCGGAGGUGAAUCCGUGCAGUCUGCCCGGUUUGGAAAAGAGCUGUUGUCAGCGAAGGAGGGUGGCAUCCGGUCCGGAUGGAGGAUUGGUGCUUCCUGGGGCGGCCUGAACUUCUUCUACUCUUGCCUGUACGCAUUGGCCCUCUGGUUCGGUGGCCAUGUCCUCAUGUCGGAGAACGGUGCCUUCCAGCCCAACGACGUCGUGAUCGUCAUGAUCGCCAUGAUGGUUGGCAGCUCAGGUCUCAGCGCAUUCAGCGGCUACGCCCCAGUGAUGGCGCGAGCAAUCGUGUCAUUUAGAGCCAUGAAGGAGGUGAUGAAGUCCGAGCCCACGGCAAAGACCAUCGAGCAGCCGCUGUACAGCAGCGCGGCGAUGCCAGAGGAACUUUGCGUAAUCGAUAGUGUCGAGUUCCGAGCUGUCAGCUUCAGAUAUCCGACUAGGCCCGAGAAGUGCGUGCUGAACGAUUUCAGCUUUCGGGUGGAGAAGGGCCAGAAGAUUGCGUUCGCCGGUGAGAGUGGGAGUGGCAAGAGCACCAUCAUGCAACUCCUCGAGCGCUUCUACGACCCCUGUGCUGGAGAAAUUUUGGUGAACCGAGUUCCUUUGAAGGAGAUCCCAGUGAAGGCCUGGCGCAAGCUGAUCGGCUACGUCGGCCAGGAGCCUGUUUUGUUCGCAAGCAGCGCCAUGUGCAACAUCAAGGCCGGGGACGACUCCAUUACCGACGAGGCUGCGAUCAAGGCCGCCCAAGUGGCGCAGAUCUACGACACCUUGCAAAGGCUCCCCGAGGGCUUUGACACCUUCGUUGGUGCAGCUGGCGGGAUGUUGUCGGGAGGUCAGAGGCAGCGAGUUGCCAUCGCACGCGCCUUGGCCAAGAAUCCGCAGAUCUUGAUCCUGGACGAGGCAACUUCGGCUUUGGACAACGAGUCGGAGCGGUUGGUUCAAGCCACUUUGGACACCCUUACGGAACACCUGGGACACUUCACCACGAUCGCCAUUGCUCACAGGCUGGUAUCGAUCAAGGGCUCUGACGUGAUCUAUGUGCUUCGCGAUGAGCACUGCUGUGAGCAGGGCAACCACGAAGAGCUCAUGGAUCAGAUGGGCAUCUACUACAGCAUGGCGACGCUGCAGCAGGCAAAGACAGAGGACAAGGAGGAGGAGCCCAGUCCGAGCGCGGCGAUGUCUCCUGCGAGCUUCCUUGCGGCACCCUCGCUGUACAAGGAGGGUCAGGCGGGUGAGGAUCCCGUCUCCAAUUCUGGCAUCCGUUGCCGUCUGCUUCGCAUGAUGAGGGCCUACUGGUGGAUGUGGCCAAUUGCUGCCAUGAUCGUGAUGGCAGAUGCGGCUUCGAUGCCCUUGCAAGCCGUCUUCUUCAACUCGGCCGUCGUGUCACUCUUCGACGGCGUCGGUGUGGGCGACACACAGGAGCUGGAUGAGGCGGUCUUUGGCCUGCUGAUGGUCGGCGUGGGAGCCGGUGUCUUCACCUUGCUCCAGAACUCGCUGUUCACCUACUUGCAAGAGUGCCUUUGCAUGAUCCUGCGCAAGGCGGCCUUUGCCAGCACAAUCCGCAUGGACAUGGCCUUCUUCGACGCACCGGAAAAUCAGACGGCCAGCAUUUUGGUAUCCCUGCAGAGGCACAUGAACCGCGUGGGGCAGAUGCUGGGAAUUCAGCUUGGGAAUACCGCCGGGGCCCUCUUCACCUGCCUCCUGGCCGUUGGCGUCAGCUUCUGGGGCUGCUGGGUCCUGGCCAGCGCGGCCUUGAUCUUCUUGCCCGUCUGCGGUGCUUUAGCUUUCGUGGUGGCAGCGGGCGCCGCCCGGAACGAGCCUGAGGCCGAGCAGGCCUACGCCAGGGCCGGGCACGCCACCUCGGAGGCUGCGACCAGCAUCCGCACGGUGAGGGCGCUGGGGGCAGAGGAGCGCACUCUGGAGAUCAUCGACGCCUCCCUGAACAGGCUCACCGAGCUGAAUGCUGCGAAGAGUUGGAAGCUGGGCCUUUCCUUGGCUCUGAACAUCAGCCUCUUUCCCAUCAUCUUCCUGGUAGGCUUCUGGAUGAGCGCCGUGAGCAUCCAGUCCUGGGGUUUCGAUGCUGGCGAGGUGCUUUUGACGCUCUUUUGCGUGGUCUUUGGGGUGAUGUCCGUCAGCUCCAUCGUCCAGUACAUCCCUGAUUCAGCCUCCGGCUACCUUGCAGCAGCGGAGGUCUUCCGCCUUGUGGACCAGGUCUCCAAGAUCGAUGCCACGCAACCCGUGGGCCGCGUGGAAAGCAUCGGGGACGGCUCGAUCCAGUUUCAGGAGGUGCACUUCUGGUAUCCCCACCGCCCCGAGGUCCGGGUGCUGAAGAAGCUCAGCCUGACCAUCGAGAAAGGUCAGUCGGUGGCUUUUGUCGGCUUCUCGGGCAGCGGCAAGUCGACUUUGAUCCAGCUCCUCCAGCGCUUCUACGAUCCGCAGUGCGGCUCCAUCCGUGUCGGUGGCGUGGAGUUGACGGAUUUGAACGUGGCCUGGUGGCGCAGUCAGCUGGGAGUCGUGGGCCAGGAGCCUGUCCUUUUCGACAUGAGCCUCGAAGACAACGUGAAGUAUGGCUACCCGGAGGCGACAGAAGCCCAGGUGCACGAAGCAGCGAAGGCGGCCAACAUGGACUUCGUCUUUGGGGGCGGCAGUGGCUAUGUGUUGUCGGGCGUGAACACUGGUGCAGUGAGGUGGACGGACCGAGUCGGACUCCGUGGGGAGAAGCUCUCAGGCGGACAGAAGCAGCGCGUGGCCAUCGCCCGGGCGCUGUUGCGGGAGCCCCAGUUCAUGCUCCUGGACGAGGCCAUGUCGGCCCUCGACUCCGUGUCGGAGAAGCUGGUGCAGCAGGCGAUGCAGGAGACAAGGAUGGGCAAGACAAGCAUCACCGUGGCCCAUCGUCUCUCCACAAUCCAAAACUCGGACAAGAUCUUCGUGCUCUCGGACGGACGCCUAGUCGAGUCCGGCACCUACGACGAGCUCAUCAGCUUGCGUGGCAACUUCGCCACCCUUGCAGCUGGAAGCCUGUGA